ACAUAUUACCGCUUGGUGUGGUUUGCAAAUUGAUUUCUGUACCUGCCAACAGGUGGCAUUAUCGUAGACGUCAGGGGGACUUUUGAAUUCGAAACAUAAACAAAUCGGUGUAUACAGUAACUACACAGAAUAUGAGAAGCAGAAGGCAUAGCGUGGCAAUGCAUUGCCCAGUCAGUUGCAGUUUUGGGUUGUACAGUGCAAUACUUAUUAUUUUUGCAUUCAUUAGAGCAGAAGAACUUACCGAUCCUCAAAGUUUGAGAGAUCCUACGGUUGUCAUCGCAAUUCUAGUUCGAAAUAAAGCUCAUACAUUGCCUUACUUUCUGACGCUCCUAGAGAGGUUAGAAUACCCAAAAGAUAGGAUAUCAUUGUGGGUAAGAAGCGACCACAAUGAAGAUUCAUCCCUGGAAAUACUAAAGAAGUGGCUGACAACUGUUGAAAAUGACUACCAUUCUAUAAGUGCUGAGCUGUUGUCAUCACCACCCGACCGCUUGCCAGGGGAGAACAGUUCUGUUGCAUGGUCUAAACAAAGAUUUACUCAUGUUAUUCAACUGAGAGAAGAAGCACUAAUGGUAGCGAGAUAUGUGUGGGCAGAUUAUAUAUGGUUUCUGGACUGCGAUGUGUUUCUGACAAAUCCAAAUACACUCCAGCUGCUUGUGCAGGAAAAUCUCACUGUAGCAGCCCCAAUGCUCAGAUCUGAUGGAAUGUAUUCAAACUUCUGGGCUGGUAUGACAGAGGAGUAUUAUUAUCAGCGAACAGAGGAUUACCAGCCUAUACUGUACCGGGAACGUACUGGCUGCUUUUCGGUCCCAAUGGUAAAUUCUGCAACACUGAUAAAUCUAAAGAGAACAGCUUCCACAAAAUUGACAUUCGUGCAGAAUAAAAUUCCUGCUUAUGAUGGACCAUAUGAUGACAUUAUUACCUUUGCCAUUGGAGCAAACAAAUCAGGAAUUCCACUUCAUAUUUGCAACACAGAACCAUUUGGGUACAUCAGUAUACCUCUUGGAGAUGAAGCAAAGCUUGAGGAUGAUUUUCUCCAGAUAACUAAUGUAAAGGUGUCAGCAAUUGCUGACGGUGCUGACUUUCCAAUAAAUGACAUUUUUCUGGACUACCUUAUUUACCCACAGCCAGAUGCAAUGGGCUUUGAUGAAGUUUAUAUGAUCAAUUUACAAAGACGCCCAGAAAGGAGGAAAAAAAUGCUGAAAUGUUUCCAGGAAUUAGGUAUUGCAGCAAGUAUCAUUGACGCUGUCGACGGAAAAGAGCUUACCGAUGAGUCCCUGAAGGAGUUGGACGUCCGUUUUCUGCCAGCUUAUGAAGAUCCUUACCACAAGAGGCCAAUGACGAUGGGAGAAGUGGGAUGCUUCCUCAGCCACUACCUCAUAUGGAGAACGGUGUUGAAAGGUGGUUACGAGAAAGUCAUGGUGCUAGAGGAUGACAUUCGCUUCGAAUCGUAUUUUCGUCAUCGAGUGGUGAACAUCAUGCGGGAUUUGGAGGAAGAAGACAUCGAAUGGGACCUCAUAUACCUGGGACGCAAGAGGAUGCAGGAGGCCGAGGAGCCGUUUGUGGAGGGCAGUGAAAACCUGGUGAAGGCCAGCUACUCCUACUGGACGCUGGGGUACCUGCUGAGCCGGCAGGGCGCCCGCAAGCUGGUGGACGCCAAGCCGCUCGACAAGCUCAUGCCCGUGGACGAGUACCUGCCCGUCAUGUUCGACAAGCACCCCAAUGAUACAUGGAAGGAAUACUUCCCAAAUCGAAACCUGAUAGCAUUUUCAGCUGAGCCUCUGCUUGUCUACCCAACACACUACACUGGUGAAGAAGGCUAUAUUAGUGACACAGAGGAUUCUGCAGUAGUGAAGGAACCAGAGAAGCAUUAUCAUGUUACAGGAGAAGAGCUGUAAACAAGUUCCAUUAUAGAAAGAUAGUAUCCUGUCAUUUUACAGUUUUCAUAUAGUCAGAACUCAACAUUUAUGUAAGGAAUAAAAUUUUCAUUAUAUCACUACUGACCAGCUACACUGUUGUUUACAAAAAUGUAUGGUUUGUCUGUCCACACACACACACACACACACACACACACACACACACACACACACACACUCACACUCACACUUCACAGGUUACAGAUUUUUUUAUCAUAAAAUUAAUGCAUAGCUCUGUUGAAAGACUCUUGUGUCAUCACUCUCCUUUACUAAUUCUAAUAAAAUAUACUGAACUGUAGAGAUAUUAAAAAUUCACAUUUUUCUUUUGCUGACAAACCUUGCUUCAUUUCAUUUCUAUACAACACAUUUCAAAAUUGUAGUUGGUCAGCUCAGUUAAAUAUAAAGUUUAGAAUUAUUAAACAUGAUCGGUCUCUUAGCAGGGAGUUUAACAUUAUUACUGCAUGAGGAGAAAAGAGAGGGACUGAAACUAUAAAAGUAAUGUUUACAGAACUGUGUUUUAAUAUUAUUAAUAAUGGUCACAUUGGGGACAUUCAGAUUAAGAAACUUUACAAUGAAAAGGGCAUGAGUAAAGACUGAGUAUUCAUAAAAUCUUGGAAAGGUCAUGUUGAUCUUCAUAUGUGCAAAGUGAAAUAUAUAAUAUUGCUACCAGAUAUCUCUAAUACAAAAGUUUUGUGACUGAAUGUGGCUGAAAUUCUCACUGUUAGUCUGUCACUAAUAAGCUGACACAAUUAAAGUUGUUUCAGUGAACAUACAUUGCAUAUUAUAAGUGAAAAUUAAAUGACACCACAGACUUCACUCAGAAUGCUGUUUCAGCUUUGGAAGUCCUUGGUACUGUAAUAAGAAGAAUUUUAAUACUAUUAUCUCCAAGACUGAGCUUUUUAAGUAGGGCAUAUUAUUUUCUUAUACAGAUUUUUUUUUUUUUUUUUUACUGCUACCCAUGAAUGUUUAGUUGGUAGUGAUGAUGUGAUGAUAAAACCAGAUUUUUUUUGUAUACCCUGUGCUUCUGCUGUACAAUUACUCAGUCUAUAUUGCUUCUAAGGCUAUGCAAUCCAAAUUUAACAAACAUUUGUUUGCAUACAUUUCUUUCAUAUCUGAUUUGUGGACCUGAUUAUGAUGAUGUGUUAUUUAUUUGUGCUAAACUUUUCUUGUAUGUCUUUGUUGUAAAAGAUUUGUCGUAAUGCUUCAAUGUUAUGGUGUCCCCAAAGAACAGUGUUUCUUGUAAUAUUCUUUUGCUUAUUUUUGAGAUUCAUAGAGAAGUAGACUUCAGUUGAAAUUAGUGCAUGACUACAUUGAUGUUGCAGUUGUGUAGCAGGGAAGUAAAGUGAAAUGGUGUUGAUAGAGUGACAGCUCACACCAUUAGGACAAAACAGUAAAGCAUAUUUCUGUGAAGUCAUUGUAAUCUCUUUAGUGAAAAUUAUACAGCCAUGAGUGAAUGAAUGGUAUAACAGUUACCUAACAUAACGCUUCAAACUUGAUGGUGCCAUAUUUUGUAGCUUUUAUUUUAUUUUGUAAUUUUAACUGCCAUUCAUAAAUAUUUUAUAUAUUGUUAAAUAUUUUAUACAUUGUUCAUUGUGAGUAAUUUGCAAUGUCACUGUUAAUUUUAGUGGCAUCAUUUUACAUGUGUAUGUUUUAUGUUUUGCAUCUG